AUGUGAGCAUGCGCACUGCAUCGCCUCUAUGGGGACUGGGAGGACAUCACGGAAAGAAAAAAAAAAACGUAACGGCGGCAGCAGCGCGAACCUUUUUGACGUCGAGAUUGGCUCUCUACGCUGCGCCGAGCCCGCGCCAUCAUAGCGGCCCCGGACUAUGCCCGGUGCGGCGCCGACGAGCGGAAAGACCACUUGACGGGCCUUCGACGAGGUCCGCGCCGCUGCCGGGAGGGGAAGAAACACAUUUGUUCGUAUGGGAGCAGCAUGCGGGAAAUGGUCGGCGGUUGCUGCGUGUGUUCCGACGAGCGAGGCUGGGCAGAGAAUCCGCUGGUUUACUGUGACGGACACGGCUGUAACGUCGCCGUGCAUCAAGCAUGCUAUGGCAUCGUACAGGUGCCCACUGGCCCGUGGUUCUGUCGAAAGUGUGAGUCACAGGAGAGAGCUGCUCGAGUGAGGUGUGAGCUGUGCCCUCACAAAGAUGGCGCACUAAAGAGGACAGACAAUGGAGGUUGGGCUCACGUUGUGUGCGCGCUCUACAUCCCUGAGGUGCAGUUUGCAAACGUCCUUACCAUGGAGCCCAUCAUCCUUCAGUAUGUUCCACAUGAGCGAUACAUGAAGACAUGUUACAUCUGUGAGGACCACGGCCGAGAGAGCAAGGCGGCAUGUGGCGCAUGCAUGGCGUGUAACAGACAGGGCUGCAGACAGGCAUUCCAUGUCACCUGUGCUCAGAUGGCAGGUCUGCUGUGUGAGGAGGAAGGUCCGGAAGCCGACAAUGUCAAAUAUUGUGGCUACUGCAAGCACCACUAUAACAAAAUGCAAAAGAAACUGCGCUCGAGUGAAAAUACAGGUAGUGCUUUCAGUCAUUCCAGGGGGCGCUCUACUUCUCCAUCACAAGACAAACACCACCACCACCACCGGCAGAGGAAGAGUCAUAAAGACAAGAUACGUCAGAAGGAGCGGCACAAGAAGACUUCGGACAACUUGGUCCCUGUGGUAAUGCAGAGCAGUAUAGACAUGCUCUCUUCUAGUCAUCACAGCCCCAAAGACAGUGAGGGAAAGUCCAAGAAGCUCAGCUCCCACAGUCACAGUCAUCGCAGUAAGAAAACCGUAAGCAGCGGCAAGAGCUGCUCCUCCUCUUCCUGCUCAUCCAGUCCAUUUAAUCCAGCUCCAGAUUUUCAUCAGUUCUCCUCCCCUCGUCUGGAGCGUGACCAUAGUAGCGAGGAUCGCAAAGCGCGUCACAGGAGGCUCGCGGUCCAGGAGGAGGCUGUGGAUGAUGAAAAGAAUGAAGACAAAGAUGAGGACGACAAGGAAGAAGAGGCUCGUAAAUAUCACAAGCCGCCAGCGUUGACUCCCACUGAAGGCCAACUCGCACGGUCGCAGGGUCACGAUCAGUCAGAUGGAACCUCGAGCCCCUUUGAGAACAAGGUCACCAUUUCAACUUUUGGAUCCAUCAUGCGCAUCACCUCCACAUCCGCGCUGGGUAGCAGCAGUAAGAUCCGCAAGCUCUCCACGGUCGACUACAAACCCUCCAAGUCUCUGUGCAAGCUCUCUCAGCUGAGCACGCCGCCCAUUCCGGAAGAGGCGGACCAAGAGGGCAAAAGCAGCCCCGCGACUCUGACGCGAGAGAGACGACACCGCGGCAACAAAAAGAGUCGCCACGGUCCAGGGCGGCCUCGGGGCAGCAAGAACCAAGAGAGAAGGGAGGACGCGCAUCAUCACCACCACCACGACAACACGCCUCCUCCUCAUCCAGUCUUCACCCCCUCGCUCUACCCAAGCCCGUCUUCCAUUCCGCAACCUUCCUUCUCUUCCGCACUGCCGACCACCACCACCACCCUUUCCUCCUCGUCACACUCAUCCUCCUCAACGAGCAGCUUUUCCACAAGCCGUGGGAGCUCGCUGCUUGGCUCGGGUAUCUACUCCAGCCUAAAGAAUCCUCUCACUGCUUGUGGUGGUAUCUGCAGCACCUCUGUAUCUCUGGGUGGAGGGGUGUGUAGCGCCUCUCUCUCAACGGGAGUCCUUCCGUCCCACGCGCUCUCUCUCCCACCAGCCAACGCCGUUACAAACCCACAGGUGCAUCCAGGGUAUAGCAGCGUGACCUCCUCACAACCUUUCACCAGUGGUCUUUCCACACUGCCGCCACUACUGAGCCAAGCCCCGACCUCACUACCAGAGUCAGACCUUGAUGACUGUCACUUCCCAUGUCAAGGAAACUCACCAAGGGAGAGUCUUUCAUCACAGUAUGUCACUUGGUCUCCGAUGAGCUCCCUUCCCCUUCUGUUUGACCAGAGAGAUGGCUUAGGUGCAGGAGUUCGAGCGUGUCCUGAGAAUAUCCCCCAGUCCAGCUCCCACAUUGAGCUCCUGCUGGAGAAACAUGGCAAUGGAGAGAUGGGAGUCAACAUCGUCGAGAUGCUGCAGUCUCUUCAUUCGCUGCAACAAGAGAACCAGCGCCUCCAAGACCAGAUUCUCAGUCUGACAGCCAAGAGGGAGCGGAUGCAGCUGCUCAACACAGAGUUGGCCGUACCUUUCCCUCAUGGUCUUUCUGUCCAAGCCUCUUUGCACGCCGCUUCCCAGGUCAACUUCCUGUCCUCCAGUCCAGACCCCCUUAUCACCAGUAACAGUGCCCUGUCCAAGACCUGUUUCCUUAACGACACUUCCUUCGUUACCUCCUCUGAGGACCUGCACUCUGGUAGUCCGUCCCGCAGUAGCUCCUCCCUCUCCUUCCAGAGUACCCCUCCUCCACAACAAAGCCCCGCCUCCUUAAGUCAGCCCGUGCUGAACGGACGAGCUUCGAGCGACGGUUUAGGGACAAUCAGCCAGGCUGGCAGCUCCACUCAGCCUUUGGCGGGCGGGCUGUUGGCGUCUCUCGUAGGAAGCCCUCAACUGAGUAUGACCGGCGCGCUCAGCCUUUUAAACGGGGUGAUCCAGUCUGCUGUCCAAAGCGCCUCCCAGUGCACACUCCCUGCUCUACGACCCCAGCCGCCUCCACUCCACCCCCAGUCCACGGCACAGAGCUUUCAGCUUCCCAAGAGUGCGAGCCCAUCUUCUCUCCUGUCCGAGCAGCAAAAGCAGCUACUUGUGGAGCAGCAGCAACAGCUACAACACUUCCUGACGUCACAGAACUUCACUCCGGAGCAGCGGGCGGUAGUUUGCCAGAUGCUGCAGCAACAAAAGCACAGGGAGCUGCAGCGCCUCACGCUGGCAGGAGCCCUGACGUCCGCACCGAGCUCGCCCAACCUGCUGACCUCGGUGGCCGCAUCCCCCCUGCAGGGCAGCCAAGGGGGCAACCUCUUCGGUCUGCAGGAGGGUGCGCUUUACAAGCCUGCUGCGGGAGAAAAAAGUGGAGACAAGAACGGGUGAUCGGUCGUCAGAAGAACAUAUCAGGCAUCGCUUCUUGAGGAAGACGUGAGGUCCUGUUUCUUUCAUUUCUCCGCCCUCUUUUAUGAAUGUACAACAGGAUGGACUUAAAGGGUGAGGUUUUUUGCGUGUUAAAAGUUUCUUUUCUAUGUUUUGUUUGAUACAGGCAGCUUUCAGAGAAAAACUCUCUUUUUUCAAUUGCACUAAAUUUUAUUUGACCAACAGUCGCGCUCUUGUGGAGCGAGCCAGACUUGACGUUCGAAGUCUCAAGCACUGAUCCUUAAGGAACCCUUCAAGAAUACAUUUUGACUUUUUACAUGUCGGGUGUUGCAGAUUCCCGCCGCUUGUCGCAACUUCUGUCUUCCUGGACUUGUUGUCUUCCCGUCGUGUCCGCCCCCGCCCGCAUUUCCUCUCCAAACGCGUGCGUUUUUUAUAUGAUUUCGAUAUGUGGCAUUUCAACGUUGACUAGAUAUUACCUCAACAUUUCCAGACAUUUUUGUUUUCUAUCGUGAUGUGUGCUUUCCAUUUUGUGAAAGCUCGUUUUUUACUACUGGAUUAAAAAAAAGAAAAGAAAAAAAAAGAAAUGGCAUCGGCGAGUAGAAGAAGCACGCGUUUUUUUUUCCAGUUGCUAGGGAGAUUAAGAGGACGAAACCAAACAUUUGGAAGUGUGCACUUUGCAUGUUGGUAGCUAGUCAUUAACGCAUAGGACGCUCAGUACCUGCUUUUUGAUUUACAAGAGGAUUAGGCACGGCAUCUUUUUAUAUAUUUUGUGUUUUCAUGUCAGCUGUUCCUUUAGCAAUACUGGAUAGAUAAUGCCUUAAUGAUGUUAGAUUCACAGAAAAAACCUAAUCUUUACUUCGCUAGUCUUUUGUAAUGCAGGGUACACGGGGAUUUGCCCACUCAGCACUCUUCCUAGACCCUUUUAUACAUUUUAUAGAUGUCAUCAUAUGUGAAUAACCUGAUAGUGAUAACAGAAAACCUCUUUUCUAUGGUAUUUUUCUGUGUUCCGAUGCAACGUUGUCAUGUGCUUCUGAGAUGUGCGACACAAGGACAGGAUUUUAAAUAUUAGAUAAGGACCGGGGGGGGGGUGUUGAUAUUUAUUUGUGCUCAGCGCCCAGUGACCAUCAUCCUGCUCUCAAGGAUGAAAGUAAAACCAAUGAGACACGAGGAGACAUCCAAGUCACAGAGGAAGUGAAAAUAUGAGAAUUAGAAUUUGAAACAUUGCCAAAUUCCGCCUCGGACAGAAAAAAAAAAUCAUUAUUUAUGCUGUGAAGAGUUUUUGGGUCUUGUCAAUUAGCGAUUGACAAGAUGAUAUUAAAACCGAGCGGCUGGAAUUGUAUUGUGGCUAUUCCACCAAAUCUGCCAACGCUCUCAAAAAUAAAAACUCAACUCAAGGCCUCGUUCACAAUGCAGCUAUAUUCCAGUUUUUUUCCAAUUGAGCUUUUUUAAUUGUAAAAGAUUGCAUCAGAUUAAUCCGAUGCAAUGCUGAAUGUUCAGGUUGCAUUCAUUGUGAGGCAUAAAGCUCAUAAAGCAACCACAAAAAUGUACAGUACAGUUUGCUUAAUAAAAAAUAUAUAUUUUACAGGUCAUUUUUAUCGUGAGUUUUACACAAGUCCAAUUUUUUUUUGUCCGACAAGAGAACAGACUUUCAGAUUUUCCCUGUAUCCAACAUUGUGAUUAAAAAUGGGAUCCAAUAUCAUUAAAAAUCCCCUGAAAUGAGCAAAGUAGGACCGCGUCAAAGAAAAUGUUGCAGUAGCAGCGUUAGACACGACAGAAAAACGUCUUUUCUCGCACGUGCUUACAAGUUAGUCUUUUAACCAUCAGAGGAAUUGUUUGUAUUUUUUUUUUUACAUGUAAUAUUUCGUUGUGUAGCAAUCUUGUCUUUUUGUCACCUCUCCAACUAUGAAGACAAUCUCCUACACGCCACUUUUGGAGUUCUAUUCGGAAGUACUAUUGGAGCAAAACAAAAAAAAAAUCUGUAUCUUAUUCUGUGUGUGUGUAGAUCCGUGUGUGCAACGGAAAUUGACCCUUGUGGGUGAAUGUUGUCUGUGUUGGCCCUGCGAUGAGGUGGCGACUUGUCCAGGGUGUACGCCGCCUUCCGCCCGAGUGCAGCUGGGAUAGGCUCCAGCACCCCCCCGCGACCAUGAGAGGGACAAGCGGUAAAAAAUGGAUGAAUGACCACUACAGUAUAUGAAAAAAUGUAAACAUAGACACACAAACACGAAUACACUGAUUUUAUUACACACAGACACAGAAAUGUAAACACAGACACACAAACGGACACACAGAUCUGAUUACACACAGACACACAAAUGUAAACACAGACACACAAACUAGAACACGGACAUGCGGAUCUGAUUACACAGACACACAAAAGUAAACACGGACACACAAUGUAGAACAUGGACACACAGAUCUUUUUACACACUAAUGUAAACACAGACACACAGGUCUGAUUACACACAGACACACAAAUGUAAACACAGACACACAAACUAGAACAAGGGCACACGGAUGUAUUACAAACAGACACAAAAAUGUAAACACAGACACACAAACUAGAACACGGACACGUGGAUCUGAUUAGACACAGACACACAAAUUAAAACACAGACACACAAAUGUAAACACGGACACACAACCUAGAAUAUGGACACGCGGAUGUUAUUACACACAGACACACAAACUAGAACACGGACACGCGGAUCUGAUUACACACAAAUGUAAACACAGACACAUAAACUAGAACACGGACACGUGGAUCUGAUUACACACAAAAACACACAAAUGAAAACACAGACACACAAACGUAAACACGGACACACAAACUACAACAUGGACACACGGAUGUUAUUACACACAGACACACAAACUAGAACACGGACACGCGGAUCUUUUUUUUUUUAUUUUUUUUUUUAUUUUUUUUUUUAUUUCAAACAACAUUUAAAAAAAACACAAGAUACACUUACCAUUAGUGCAUCAACCCAAGAAAACCCUCCCUCCCCCAUUCACACUCAUCCACACUCAUUUACACAAAAGGAGCUGUCUCUUUCUGUUAUUAAAAAAACAACAACUUCUGGUUCCUACAGUAUAGAACAAUACAGUCUGCAAGGGAUACAGUCAUUCGAGCACACAUGAUUGUGUGUGGUGCUGGUCCACUAACAUUUUCACUAAUCACUAUUUUUUAUGUAAUUGUUUUUAAAUUUGUUUUACUUUCAAACAAAACAAACAAAGGACCUUAACUUCACCAGACCGGAUUGUCAAUAAAAUCAGAUUGUUCAAAAGGGUUCUUAAAACCAGGUCCAGUUCAGAUUACGUCCAGAUCGGGCUCAGCAACACACACCUUCACCCAUGUACACCAAAAACCAGGGAUCACAACAGGUUGCAUACAAUCCACAAACAAAAAUACAUUUUCAAAUUAAGCACCCAUGUACAGUCCACAUCACAUCCAAGUCGAAGUCAGCAACACAUACCUUCAUUUAUGUACACUUAAAAUAGGGAAUACAACAACAGAUUGCAUAUCAUAUAUAAACAAAAUUACAUUUUCAAAAUAAGCCUUUGAGGACUUCCCAUCUUUUUUUAUGUUUUUUGGCAUCAUUAUCGUUUUCAACCAUAUAAUUUUCUAAAGUUAAAAAAUACUGAAUAAAUGUUUUAAAGAAAGAAAUACUAAGUGAAUAUCUGUUUUUUGCCUUAAAAAUAAACCUUUUACCGAGUACUAUAAUUAAAUUGACUAAAUCAUGAUUGUCAAUGAACUCUCCUAAAAUAACAGAAACCACAUCAAGCUUCAUAAACAAACCAAUCUUUAAACACAUUUUUUCAACUUCCACCCAAAAUGAAGACACAAUAUGACAAUACCAAAACAAAUGUAAGGUGGAUUCAGGCUCCUGACAACAAAAACGGCAAUCAUCUGACUCUGUCAUAUUCCAUAUUUUUAACAUUUUUCCCGUGGGUAGGAAGUUAUAAAUAGUUUUAAUUUGAAAAUAACGAUUUUGCACAUCGAUAGUGGUUUUGUAGAUUAAUUUGAAUAUUGCAUCCCACGGCAACGGGCAGUCAAAAAAGUCCUCCCAUUUUCCAUAUGUGUUGUAUGGGGCAGCCUUCAAAGAUUUCUUUAUUAAAUAAAACUUAUAUAUUUUUCUAUUUAUUUUAGUUCCUUUUUGCCAACUAGAAUUUCUUAUUAAGGGCUUACAAACUAAUAAUUUAGUAGUUCCAUAAUUAAUUUGUUUCCAUCUUUUCCCAAUGACUCCAGUUAGUUGAUUAAAUGAAAAGCUUGAACAAGCAUCACCAUACAUAGUUGUAAAUUCAUCAUAUUUCAUAAUUUUUCCAUUCUCAUUGAUAAUGUCAUUGACAAAAAUGAUUCCUCUUUCAAACAUAUUUUUCCAAAAGAAAGGCUUUCCAUCUAUUACAAUAUUAGAGUUCAUCCAUAUUAUUUGCUGCAAAAUAUCAUCUCUUUUUUCUGGUACAUAAAAUUGAAAACACCACCAUGAGUGGAUUGUUUCCUUUAUGAACCCCGCCAUGUUUCCCAGCAGACUCUCUACAUAAGGAAAAUGGGAGGGGAUCACUUGUAAAAAAGGAUACAAUUUCUUUUGAUACAAUACAUGUUUUCUGUCCAACAGGACACUUGUGUACCACUCAGUGUUUAAAUACAUCUUUGGAACAAUUGAUGCUUUUAAAGACAGACACAUAGCUUCAAGGUUGAGAAGUUUCAAGCCCCCAUAUUCAUAUUCAUUGUACAAAACCUUUCUUUUAAUCCUUUCUGGUUUGCCGUCCCAGACAAAAUCGAAGACCCUCCGCUCAUAAAUCUUAAAAAAAGUUUUGUGAUGGAGCUGGUAAUGACAAAAACAAAUAAAUAAAUUGAGGAAUAAUUAACGAGUUGACAAUAGAUAUUUUACCAUACAAGGUUAAGGAUUUCCCUUUCCAUAAUUGCAUAAUUUUAUCCAGCUUUCUUAGUCGAUUAUCACGCGGAUCUUAUUACACACAGACACACAAAUGUAAACACAGACACACAAAUUACAACACAGGCAUGUGGAUCUUUUUACACACAGACACAAAUGUAAACACAGACACACAAACUAGAACACGGACAUGCGGAUCUGAUUACACACAGACACACAAAUGAAAACACAGACACACAAAUGUAAACACGGACACACAAACUACAACAUGGACACGCGGAUGUUAUUACACACAGACACACAAACUAGAACACGGACACGCGGAUCUUAUUACACACAGACACAAAUGUAAACACAGACACACAAACUACAACACAGGCACGCGGAUCUUAUUACAGACAGACACACAAAUGUAAACACAGACACACAAACUAGAACACGGACAUGCGGAUCUGAUUACACACAGACACACAAAUGAAAACACAGACACACAAAUGUAAACACGGACACGCCGAUCUGAUUACACACAGACACACAAAUGUAAACACGGACACACAAACUACAACAUGGACACGUGGAUGUUAUUACACACAAACUAGAACACGGACACGCUGAUCUUAUUACACACAGACACAUAAAUGUAAACACAGACACACAAACUACAACACAGGCAUGCGGAUCUUAUUACAGACAGACACACAAAUGUAAACACAGACACAAACUAGAACACGGACAUGCGGAUCUUAUUACACACAGACACAAAUGAAAACACAGACACACAAACUACAACACGGACACGCCGAUCUGAUUACACACAGACACACAAAUGUAAACACGGACACACAAACUACAACAUGGACACGCGGAUGUUAUUACACACAAACUACAACACGGACAUGCAGAUCUUAUUACAAACAGACACACAAAUGUAAACACAGACACACAAACUACAACACAGGCACGCAGAUCUUUUUACACACAGACGCAAAUAUAAACACAGACACGCAAACUAGAACACGGACAUGUGGAUCUGAUUACACACAGACACACAAAUGUAAACACAGACACACAAACUAGAACACGGACACGCCAAUCUGAUUACACACAGACACACAAAUGUAAACACGGACACACAAACUACAACAUGGACACGCGGAUGUUAUUACACACAAACUAGAACACGGACACGCGGAUCUUAUUACACACAGACACAUAAAUGUAAACACAGACACACAAACUAGAACACGGACAUGCGGAUCUGAUUACACACAGACACACAAAUGAAAACACAGACACACAAACUACAACACGGACACGCCGAUCUGAUUACACACAGACACACAAAUGUAAACACGGACACACAAACUACAACAUGGACACGCGGAUGUUAUUACACACAAACUAGAACACGGACACGCAGAUCUUAUUACAAACAGACACACAAAUGUAAACACAGACACACAAACUACAACACCGGCACGCAGAUCUUUUUACACACAGACACACAUGUAAACACAGACACGCAAACUAGAACACGGACAUGCGGAUCUGAUUACACACAGACACACAAAUGAAAACACAGACACACAAACUACAACACGGACACGCCGAUCUGAUUACACACAGACACACAAAUGUAAACACGGACACACAAACUACAACAUGGACACGCGGAUGUUAUUACACACAAACUAGAACACGGACACGCAGAUCUUAUUACAAACAGACACACAAAUGUAAACACAGACACACAAACUACAACACCGGCACGCAGAUCUUUUUACACACAGACACAAAUGUAAACACAGACACGCAAACUAGAACACGGACAUGCGGAUCUGAUUACACACAGACACACAAAUGUAAACACAGACACACAAACUACAACACGGACACGUGGAUCUGAUUACACACAGACACACACACACAGAUACGCAUUUGCCAAGUGUUUUGCUCCAAUAGUACGUGUUUAGUGGAAGCUAUCAGUCUCUAUUGUAGCAGUGACUGAAGGAGAAUUGUGUCAAGUGUGGUCAAAACAAACACAACGUCUACAAUUUUGAAGUGUGUGUUUAUGGAAUUGUGACAUUAGACAAUGUCCGCAGGAAGGAAGGGAGGCGAAGGAUGUGUUUUUCUUUCCCAUGUUGCACUGGGGCACGGUGGGCCCACGUCGUGAACCAUUAUGAGUUGUACAUUUUUGUUUUAAAUGCCGUAACCAAGAUGUUCUGAAUGUCGUAGUGUGUACCUUAAGUGUUCCAACAUUAGAGCACCUGUCUCACAACGAGGUAUGACGGAGCGCACGUCACUCUUUGGAAAUCAUAAUUGCACAAAACGCAGUGAGCUGAUGAAUACGAAGUUAUUGCUCUGCAUGAUUUGAAAUGCAUCGUUCCCAGAGGAGAGAAAAAAAUGAAUGAAACGAGCACUUAAACGGAAGGAGGUUGUCAUUGUACAGUGUAUUUGCUUGAGAGAAUUGAUCAACGAGGAAUUUGAGCAUAUUCAGAUUAAAUCCCUGUAAAGUAUUUUGAUAUUUUUGUGUGUAAAGUUAAAUGGAUGGAUGAAUACAGGUUUUUGUCAAUAAAUGUAUUUUACUGAUUUGUUUUA